CCCAGCUCCGCUCCGGCGAUGGAAGGAGGCUCGAGCGAGGGGGCCGCCGAGGAAGUUUUGCUCUCGGGCGUCUUUCGCCUCGCCCCGUCUCUGAAGGUGACCUGCGCCCUGAGCCUGACCAGCGGCGCGGAGCUGCUGGUGCGCCGGCUGGACUCGGAUGCCCGGAGCAGCCGCAGCGCGGUCGGCGCGCUGAGCCUCUCCAGUUGCGUGGGCUGCACCGCUUUCCAGAGCAAGGGGACCCCGCAGCCGGCAGCCGCCUACUUCACCGUCUUCUGCUACCCUCUCAAGAAGGGCUGGUGGUACCCCGGGCAAUCCCGGUGGAGAGUAGCGAAGACCUUUUGCGUCGUGGCGUCGCAGGACGCCGAAGAGAACCGGCACGUUGCCGAGACCUGGGCGAGGACCAUCCGGGAGCGCUCGGCCCCCCACCUGGAAGGAGGCAUACAUGGGUUACUUCCUCAGCCAUGCCGGGUGAUGGUGCUGCUGAACCCACGGAGUGGAGCAGGACGGGCUCUGCAUUUAUUCACAUCUCGAGUUCAGCCAAUGCUGACAGAAGCCAACAUAGGAUUCCAUAUGUUUGUCACUGAGAAGCACAACCAUGCUUGGGAACUGGCAAGGGAGGAGGACAUGUCCAAAUGGGAUGCUGUGGUCAUUAUGUCUGGAGAUGGUUUGCUCCAUGAGGUGAUCAAUGGCCUGAUGGAGCGUCCUGACUGGAAGACCGCUAUCCAGAAGCCUCUCUGCAUUCUUCCAGGAGGCUCUGGGAAUGCUUUAGCUGCUUCACUCAAUCACUAUGCUGGCCAAGGUCAUUUUGCAAAGGAAGAACUGUUGAUGAACUGCACUUACUUCUUAUGCAAAGGCCUGCAUGCUCCCAUGGACCUUGUCUCCCUCCACACGGCCUCGGGCAAACGUCUGUUCUCCUUCCUUAGCUUUGGCUGGGGUUUUGUCUCUGAUGUGGACAUUACCAGUGAGAGGUACCGUAAAUUGGGUAGUGCCCGCUUUACAGUGGGCACAUUCCAACUCCUCACCUCACUCCAAGUUUACAAGGGCCGCCUCUCCUACCUGCCAGCUGAAGCACAAAGCCCUGCCUCAAGUUCCGUCAAUACCUGCUCUUCAGCUCAGCAUCCUCACCAGGUCUCCACUGCUAAUGGGAAGUCUCCGGUCCACAUCCUCCCUCCACCUGCGUCUUCCCUCCCAAAGGAGGGCUGUGUGCUGGAAGACUCCUUGUUGGUACCCUUUGAGCAACCAGUUCCCAAGCACUGGACUGUCGCCCCUGACGAGGAGUUUGUCUCUAUACUUGGCAUCCAUCAAUCCCACCUGGGAACCGACCUUAUUUUGGCUCCCGCAGCCAAGCUGUUUGAUGAUGCCAUCCAUCUCUUCUACGUAACUGCCGGAGUUUCCCGGAUGGGAAUGGUCAAGUUCUUCAUGGCCAUGGACAAAGCGAAUCACUUGGCUCUUAACAACCCUCAUCUCCACUAUGUGCCUGUGAAAGCCUUUCGGCUGGAGCCCCUAGAGCCCAAGGGCUUUAUGACAGUAGAUGGUGAAGUGUUGACAUGUGAGCCAGUGCAAGGACAAAUUCACAACCAGCUAGCCCGUAUUAUUAGUGGUUCCUGAGCGAGGAUCAGGAAGGAACACUGACGGUGCUAGAAAGGCACUAUGGAAAGUUGUGAAGGGAUCUCCAAAUGCUGCACCUAUUCAAGAUACCAUCAACACUGUUGACAGUGAUAAUUCUCAGGUAGAGCUUGUCUUUCUGUGCAACUUUUAAUCGCAAUGCAAAUAGCGAGGGAGCUUGUCUUGGGUAGCAGAUGACAUUCCUUCAGCUGCUGAGCAGUGAAAGAGGCAGCUUUAGGGUCUUCUUGCUCUGCAUUGGUCUAGCAGAAGGAAAGGAUGUCUUCAAACUAAACCAAAGCCAGUUCCCUCACCCUUCUUUCAAAAUCAAACCCUGCUGCAGAAAACCUUUCAUCCUAAUGCAGUGGCUGUCUGGAUAAAAAUGGCUCAAUCCUAUGCCACUUUGAGGACCAAUUUUAAUAUUUUGUAAGGACUAUAAAACACAUACAUGCCUAAAGUUGUAUGUGGUUGCUUAUAUUCCUAUGGAGAAUGAAAUAAAAGAUUUUGAAGAGAAAAAGUAA